ACGAAUCAACGGCAGUCGGCACGGCAGUCGUCUGGAGACCGGAAAGGACGAGGGUCAGGAGUGAACAACGUCAAAUCCCACCCAACUGACGCGACGAUUCGGUCAACGCUACAUCGAGCUCUUCAGACAAAGUCCUGCCGACCCUCACCAUCCUAUUUUGUUCCAAUCCCUUCCAACCAGCGCGAUGGACAGAAGACAUGGUCCACUGAGGAGCUACCGCUCGGUUGACAACUGGCCCUCGCUCGGGCCUGUGACGACUGGUAGGCGGCCGAGUCCGUGGCUCACGUUGCCUCUGCAACUGAGUGCCUCUGCAACUGCAACGACUUCGCUUGGCACCGCAUCAUCUUCCAUGAGGACCAAGACCCAGCGAGCAGGCAGAGCGGGGCACGCCCGGCACUACGGACACCGUUCUACUGGGGCAGGGGCCUCCCGCUAUGGCGAUUCUGCAUCUGCGUUUGAUCUGGGAACAUUUCACUUUCGUCAGUUCUCUGAUGACAGUGGGUUUUCUAGCUGUGGCUCUAGUGCCUCUAGUGUUGCUGACGAAUUCGAAACCCCUGGUCACCUGCUGUCUGUCUCAAAGACACCCAUUUUCUCGGAGCGCCCCUCUAGGUGGAGUUCUGCGCAGGUUUGUGGCGCUCAAUCUGACACAGUCGCUUCAGUCUUGGCAGCAGGUGUCUCCGACUCUGAGGAAACUGACCACUGCGAGUCCGAUGAUGAUUUUGAUACCAACUUUAUGGACAGAAUGAAAAGUAACCGAUUUUAUAGCCCUUUAUUGAAGACACAUGCUUCUUGGCCACAUGCAUUGUCAAAAUCACAUCCUCCCGCAAAGAAAGAAGGAAAACACACCCUCAAAGAAAAAAUGCAAUAUAAUCUCUUUGGCCGUGACAUUCUGGACCUUGGUACUAAUUUGGUGACACAAUUUCCCUUGAAAGCAACAGAGUUACCUGAGAAAAAUUUGUCUUUGUUUCUUCAGAAUAGGUCUCAGUACCAUCGUUUAGGCAAAUUUGGAACAGUUGAGAAGCUUCUCUUUGCCAAUUGUAAGGAGGAGUGUGGCUUUACCUACCCCAUUCCGCCAGGUGAAUAUGGAGAAAGGCUUUCCUGAUUUUAAUCGUUAUGUAUGCUAGUAGUUUAUUUUGACGAAUGAUCUGUGAUAAUUCAAUAUCUGUUCAUUACCUAGUAAAUUUGACAAGUGAUUAAAUUAUCUUUUCAAUAGA